AUGGAGUCCAACACGAGCCUCGAGCCUCUACCACACACUCUUUCCUUCCCCGCAUCACCAUCCUCAGGGCCACGCAAACGCUCAAUCCACGAAGUGGAUGAUAGUGCGCGUCCUACCCCCGAACCCAAACGUCCACUCGUCCAAUUUAAUGGUGACAAUCAAGAAAACCGAGACCCAUCCAUCUCAGCAUCCUCGGAGACCAAGCCUUCUCCUUCUGUCGAGGUGGUAAUAUCACCGCGAAAGCCCUCUGGUGAGGAGACUGCUGCAACUACGCCUGGUCCUGCUACUACUCCUGCUCCCAAGAAGCGGAAGCUCUCUCCAGCCAGCAAGGAGGCGAAGCAACACGAGAAGGAGGCAAAGGAGCGCCAGAGACUCGAAGAGAAGGCUCGCAAGGAAGAAGAGAAGCGCGUCAAGGAAGAAGAAAAAAGGAAACGAGAGGCUGAGCGCGAAGAGGAGAAGAGGAAACGCGAAGCGGAGCGUGAAGAGAAGAAGAAAGUUAAGGAUGAAGAGAAGGCUGCGAAAGAAGAGGAGAAACGCAAGAAGGAGGAGGAAAAGGAGAAGAAAUCAAGGUCGCAAAUGAAGCUCAACUCCUUCUUUGUCAAACCCCCUGUUCCUUCUGCAUCUCCCAGAAAACCCAAUGUCACUGCUUCUCCCAGCAAGCCAUCUGCCCAGAGUGACCCUGUUCCCACAGAAGCUGCGCAGGACACACAGACGGACUAUCAACGCGCAUUUCCCGACUUCUUCUUACAAUCCCACACCACUCUCGCGCCUGCACAUCGCUUUGAACGAGACGCAGAUGCCCUUGUACAUGUGCAGCAAACGGUCGAUGCCUGUUUGAAGGCCAGCAGUGGUUCCGAGUCCCGUCCCUUCCGCCCAUCCGAAUUGUUCCAGAUGAUCUCGUACCGUCGUCGGCGAGGGAGACAAGCUGCCUCGGUGAAAGAGAUUCUCUUACGCAUGAAUAGCUCUAUGGACGGUGCGAGUGAUGUUCCGGAUAUGAAGACGAACUCGAACCCGCAAAAGUUACUGCACCAGAUCCCUAUGAAGUCCCUUAAAUUCGCUGAAGAUGUCCGGCCUCCGUAUCAGGGGACAUUCACACGAAAUGUUCCUGAAGAUUCGGCCACAAAGUUGUCCCGCAAUCCGUACUAUCGGGGACUGCCUAACACAAAUUAUGACUAUGACUCGGAAGCGGAAUGGGAGGAGCCCGAGGAAGGAGAAGAUCUGGACUCUGAGGAAGAAGAUGAGGCCAGUGACGAAGGGGAGGACGAUCUCGAAGGGUUCUUAGACGAUGAAGAUGAUGCUCUGGCAGGAGGCAAGCGACGGCUCAUUGUUGGCGAUCUCGAGCCGGUGUGUAGUGGUAUUCGGUGGGCGACAGGUAUCAUCGACCCCGAGUUUCAGCCUUACCAGAUUGAAACCAUCUCCGAGGCCGUCAAGUUCCCCAUCAAACCGCUCUCAGAUGAGUACUGGCAGAAGCCCCAACCCAAUAACCCUGGGACGGGUUGCACCGAAGAGCCUGGGACCGCAAACGCUCCCUGCUUCUUGGGGGGCCCCGCGGGCCAGGCAACACCGGCGGUAGGAGCUGGCCUGCCAGCCACGGUGUCAAAGGCGAAGCGACCAUUCCCACCAGAACAGCUGGAUGAGUUCAAGAAGGCGGUAGAGGGCAAUGAUCUCAGCAAAAUCGGGCUCGUCGAGAUCUUGAAGAAAAAAUUCCCCAAAGUAUCGAAAGAUACCCUGAAGGCUACUCUGGACCAGGUUGCAGUUCGUGUGGGCCAGAAAGAAGCCGACAAGAAGUGGGUGUGCCGAUGA